GCCGCGGCGCCUGGCGUUCGCUGGAGGGGCUGCCUCGCUUGGUGUCACCCCGCGCUGCGCCGCCGGCUCAGCCAGACGCGCGCUCCGAGGGCGCACGGGCCGGGCGCACGGACUGUACGGCCGCUUUGGGGUGGCGCCUCGCGGCUUCCUCGUGUCUCUCGGGCUGGGCUGGAGCCCGGCGGCGAAGGGGAAGCCGGGCAGCUGGCUGGGCGAUGGCCCCGGAGCCGGGGGAAAACGCUGCCCGGCUGCUGCUGCUGCCGCCGCUGCUGCUGCUCCUGCUUCUCCUGCGGGCGCAAGGCGCGCGCGGCUUCGACGAGGAGGAGCGCCGCUGCGAUGCCAUCCGCAUCCCCAUGUGCCAGAACCUGGGCUACAACGUCACCAAGAUGCCCAACUUGGCCGGCAACGACUGGCAGCCCGACGCCGAGCUGCAGCUCACCACCUUCACGCCGCUCAUCCAGUACGGCUGCUCCAGCCAGCUCAAGUUCUUCCUUUGCUCCGUCUACGUCCCCUUGUGCACGGAAAAGAUCGACACCCCGAUCGGCCCCUGCAGCGGCAUGUGCCUCUCCGUCAAGAGGCGCUGUGAGCCGGUCCUGAAGGAAUUCGGCUUCUCCUGGCCGGAGACCCUGAACUGCAGCAAGUUCCCGCCACAAAAUGGCGACAACCACAUGUGCAUGGAGGGCCCGGGGGACGAAGAGGUGCCUCUUCACAGCAAGUCGCCCUUGAACCCUGGAGAGGAAUGCCACUCAGUGGGAUCGAACCCGGACCAAUACAUCUGGGUCAAGAGGAGCCUGAACUGCGCCCUUAAGUGUGGUUACAACGCCGGCCUCUACAGCCGUUCGGCCAAGGAGUUUACAGACAUCUGGAUGGCUGUGUGGGCUAGCCUGUGCUUCAUUUCCACAGCCUUCACGGUCCUGACCUUUCUGGUUGAUUCCUAUCGGUUUUCCUACCCCGAACGCCCCAUCAUUUUCCUGAGCAUGUGCUACAAUAUUUAUAGCAUCGCCUAUAUCGUCCGGCUGAUCGUGGGCCGGGAGAGGAUUUCCUGCGACUUUGAGGAGGCGGCAGAACCUGUCCUCGUCCAAGAAGGCCUCAAGAACACAGGAUGUGCUAUCAUUUUCCUGCUGAUGUACUUUUUCGGGAUGGCCAGCUCCAUCUGGUGGGUGAUCCUGACGCUGACCUGGUUCCUGGCCGCAGGACUCAAGUGGGGCCACGAGGCCAUCGAAAUGCACAGCUCCUAUUUCCACAUCGCGGCCUGGGCCAUCCCCGCCGUGAAGACCAUCGUCAUCCUGAUCAUGAGGCUGGUGGACGUGGACGAGCUGACCGGGCUGUGCUACGUAGGGAACCAGAACCUGGACGCACUGACGGGUUUCGUGGUGGCUCCUCUUUUCACCUAUUUGGUGAUUGGGACCCUGUUCAUUGCGGCCGGCCUGGUGGCUCUGUUUAAAAUCAGGUCCAACCUUCAGAAGGACGGGACGAAAACCGACAAGCUGGAGAGGCUGAUGGUGAAAAUCGGGGUCUUUUCGGUGCUCUACACCGUCCCGGCCACCUGCGUCAUCGCCUGCUACUUCUACGAAAUCUCCAACUGGACUAUCUUCCGCUACUCGGCGGACGACUCCAACAUGGCGGUGGAGAUGCUGAAGAUCUUCAUGUCCCUGCUGGUGGGCAUCACCUCCGGCAUGUGGAUUUGGUCUGCCAAAACGCUACACACCUGGCAGAAGUGCUCGAACCGGCUGGUGAACUCUGGCAGGGUGAAACGGGGGGAGAAGAGGGCCGACGGCUGGGUGAAGCCUGGGAAAGGGAACGAGACUGUGGUAUAAAGUGGACCAACGCACGGCGGGCGGACCUGCCGGGUGCGCUCUCUCUCCCUCUGCGGGAAGGGCCGGGUUCACGCGAGCAACUGCGGCAGGAACGUCGCAGUGGUUUGCGCACCAUGGAAAGGAGCUGUGCUUUUUGGGAGGUGGUGGGGAAAGGGCGCGCAGAGAAGGCCCGAAUAAACUGCAAGGACUUGUUUGUGUGUGUGUGCUGUGAACAGCAGGGCUUUGCUCCCGCAAAAAAACAGCAA